AUGUCUGAAAGCAAGAGAGUUCGUGUACAGCCCGAUCGCGCCGCUGCGCGAGCGAAGAGAAUAAGGAAUCUCGCUGAAGAGUUUUCCCCAGCGCCUUUCAAACGAUAUCCUCCUUUUAAUCCUCCCAUCACUGACUACAAGAAAGUGCCUGGGGGCUGGAAUGGAGAGGACGAAGACAUCGAUGAAAAAGAUGUUGCGAGAGUCAUUCAGCGCUGUCAUGACAGAAUCCAUGAUGGCAUCAUGCCACAGUGGUGGGAAAAGAAACUAGCGGUGUACCAAGGAAUCCAAAACAAAGUCGAUUCAGUGAAAGCAUCAGAGAAUCCAAAGAUGAGCUUGGAGGCUGCGAUGCGUGUGGAGAAUCUUGAGGUCAUCAAGGAACACCUCGAGACCGAGGGAGAUCCAUUUACUCAGCUCGUCAAUGUCACCGCACUGAUAGAUGGCUAUAGAAAUGGCACACUGGUUUGGCAGGACAUGAAGGUCUCUUACUGGUCGGCUGGAAAGUGCAUGGCUGGGCCCAUGAAAUUCGAUAUGACCUUCGAAGAUGUCAAAAGGUACAACGCACAAUGCGGUGGAAAGUCAUUCUGGGUUGAAGGUUUAAAUGGGCCUGGGGCCGUUCCCAUGCUUGCGUACAAUAACCCUGCAUGGAAAUGUGAGAUCCGUCCUAUGCGGAUGCUCCUUCAUCAACAUGAGAUUGAUACCCACUUCAGGGUUCCUGGCGCUGGCAGUCCAGUCUCGAAUGCUCCCUUUUCCCACUUUUCCUCGCAUCGCAAGUUCUUAGACGACACAGGGUCCUCUAUGCCUAUCAUAUACCAGGAUGACGUGCAGCGAAUUACGGCCUACGCUGGAGGCUCAAAGCCUCCAUUCUUGUGCUAUAUCAACUCAUUGAAUGCCGGUCGAAAUACUGCCGUUGAUCCGACCUGCCUGAUUGAGUACAACAUCAGAUCAACACUCCCAGGGCAUGGAUGGAUGCUGCCUGCUGGUAAAUGGGUCACAGUACAAACCAUCAUGAAACAGCAUGAUUUUGAUCCGGCGCAAGACUACCGACUGAGCGGAAUGUGGAUGCGACGUAUCCUGUAUACUGCAACGGCCCCUGAUAAUCUUGGCUUGUUUUAUAUGACUGAGUCCUUGACGACGCUGAAAGCCUCUCUGCCGGAAUCAGACGUGCGGAAUGCAGUCCCGCAACCAUUUUACGGGCCAUCGGAUCCAGGUGUCUCGAGCAUUGGGCCUACAAUCUACGUUAAAGGCAUGUUGGACGUUCCACCAUGA